GCCUAGAGUCGAAAGUUGGAAUGGUUUUGUUUGGUUCCAUGUAAUUUUACGGCUCCGUGCGGAAUUUUCAAACCUUUAAAGUGAUAUCAUAAGCAAAAUGUCUCUCUAUUGUGCGAUAUCAAAUGAAGUUCCCGAAGUACCAGUGGUAUCACCUACGUCAGGAGCUGUGUUUGAAAGGAGAAUCAUUGAGAAGUACAUAAUAGAAAAUGGCGUGGAUCCUAUUAACGGCAAGGAGUUGAGAGUUGAGGACCUUAUUGAGAUCAAAACACCACCUAUAGUAAAGCCAAAACCUCCAAGUGCCACAUCAAUCCCUGCCACACUGAAAAGCAUGCAAGAUGAGUGGGACGCCCUGAUGUUACAUGCCUUCACACAGAGACAGCAGUUGCAGACUGCUAGACAAGAAUUAAGUCAUGCACUGUACCAACACGACGCAGCGUGUCGUGUGAUAGCCCGACUCACAAAGGAGGUGACGGCGGCGCGAGAGGCCCUCGCCACACUGAAACCGCAGGCCGGCAUUGCAGCACCCCAAGCACCACACCCCACGGAGGCGUCAGCAGGCAGUGCGGGAGCAACAGGCAUGUCUGCGGACGUGGUGUCUCGUCUGCAGGAGCGCGCCACCGCACUCACGCAGGAACGGAAGCGCCGAGGCCGCACCCUGCCCGAGGGACUGCUGGCACCAGAGCAGAUCAGAGCAUUCCUCACUCUCGCAUCGCAUCCUGGUCUUCAUUCAGCCAGUGUUCCUGGUAUCCUAUCUCUGGACAUCAAUCCAUCCGAUCACAGUAAACUUUUGACUGGAGGAAACGAUCGUAACGCAACAGUCUUUAAUAAGGAUACUGAACAAGUUGUGGCCAUUCUCAAAGGUCACACCAAGAAAGUCACCAGGGUUAUAUACCAUCCGGAUGAAGAUACGGUCAUCACAGCCUCACCAGAUCAUACCAUACGGGUUUGGAAUGUGCCAACAUCUCAAACAACGGCAAUACUACGUUCUCACGACGGUCCAGUGACCGGUCUGUCCCUGCAUCCAACCGGAGACUAUGUACUCUCAACCUCUUCAGACCAACACUGGGCGUUCUCAGACAUUCGCACCGGACAACUUCUGACAAAAGUCAGUGACUUUUCUGGAGUGAGUCUCACAACUGCACAAUUCCAUCCGGACGGUCUCAUUUUUGGUACUGGAACGGAAAACUCACAAGUGAAGAUUUGGGAUCUAAAGGAGCAAAGCAAUGUAGCCAAUUUCCCUGGUCACGUAGGACCAGUUACUUCCAUUUCCUUCUCGGAGAAUGGGUACUAUUUAGCCACAGCUGCUGAAGACUCAUGCGUUAAAUUAUGGGAUUUGAGAAAACUAAAGAACUUUAAGACCAUUCAGUUGGAAGAAAACUAUGCUAUCAAAGAGUUGUGUUUCGACCAAAGCGGUACAUAUUUAGCCAUAGCCGGUACUGAUGUGAGGGUCUACUUGUGCAGACAGUGGCAGGAAUUGAAGGUGUUCAAUGAUCACACUGCUUCGGCCACCGGUGUCAGGUUCGGAAAGAACGCACAGUAUCUCGCUUCCACCAGCAUGGACCGGACGCUCAAACUUUACGGGAUAGAAUAAGAAUAGAUAUAAGUUUAGAUGGAUGGCUCGCUUUUUAAUUGCUGUAAAAUGUGCAUUUCAAAUUAAAAUGUAAUAACUGGAAUUAAAAUCUUCAGAUAUU